GCGCUGAUUGAUAUCUGGUUUGUGUCUAUCAAGAUAAAAGGAUGUUUUGAAGAGCAGCUGCGACAAUCGUUGGAUAAUUCGAUUGACAAGAUAAGCGCGCACCUGAUACCCCACGCAGUCUCUUGUACAUCUCGACUCUUCUCAUCGUUUAAUCGAUUUACUCACCGAAUCGUGUUCCACCCUUUUGUCUUGAUUAUCCGCUCGUAUAUCUCGCCGCAACACGAUUAAAUUUCUAAACGUACAAGCGACCAAGUUCCUCCAACAUUCUACUAGUGGAAAGUGAUCUUUAUAAGCAGACGCCGCCUUGUUACUGUGUCAGCGCUUAACAUAUAAAUAAAUAUCAGCUCGACAUUCCAGAAAUUCACGUGUAUACGACGCGCGGUGCUUACUUAAAAUUCACAGCGUCGAGCUUUCAUGAAAACUUCAGGCGCGACGUUGACAACAAGACGCAAGGUGAAAGUAGUUGAACUCAAGCUAGUACGAGCCACGUGAAACUGGUGGCUAUUUCGCCGGGCCGCACGGAUCCUGGAGGCUUGAAAGCCCCUGGUUUCCCGCGCACAGCACGAGCGAAGCACACACAACCACCCCAACCAACCAACCGACGAGUCGACCCACCGCCACCAACCCCUACACACAACAACCCAACGAAGCAUCCCCCACUCUGAAUCGCACAACAGCCUGAGCGGAAGUGCUAGUCAGUCGGCGAGCGACCUUCCAACAUUACGGGUUAGGUUCCCUCUUUUUCCACCCGUCGUGUCUUUAAUCUCAUUUGUACGAUCGCGAGGACCGGCCGCUUUGUUUGAUUUACCCGGGAAAGAAGGAGAGGAGGCCGCCGCAAUUAAGGUGUUAAUCCUCAUACAAAGAUCGGAAGUAACCGCCGCUUUUUAUUUCAUAUGUCAUUCGCGCGGCAAUAACAUUUAGAUUUCUAUGAUAUUUCUCUGUCACCUGAAAGAUAUCUAGAGCAGCAUUCGGAAGAAAAAAAUCGGGGAAGGUGCCAUUCGAACGAUCAGUGAUUACGAUCGUUUUUCACAAUUGUGCGUGUACCGCGAACUUCGUGUCUUUCCUUGCAACGCAUUCAUAAGCGAAAACCUUCGUGCGACGCGUGCAACUACGAGUGUUGUUCACCAAUAGCCUAUUCAUUCAUUGGAAGAUUUUGAUAGAUUAACAAAAUAUACCGUUGUAAAUUUCGAUAGAUACACAUGCUGCAUCUUCAAUCAUAAACUGGAAACACACAUUUUAUGACUUGUAUUGUCGAAUCAAGUGACAUAGGGCUCCCGGAUAUCCGUUACAAAUAGCUGAGAGUGAAACACAUGCUCUGCCGACUACAAGAAAGAUACCAUCAUUCUACUGGUUUAUACGAGAUGCGAUGAACCGUAUUCAACUGUUGUACAAACGAUCAUCCGUAUAUUAAUUAAAUAUUAAAGCCCAUUGUCUUUAAUUUAAUAUUUAAUGAUUACCUGUGCGAUGGUUCGCUUUGGAUACUCACUUUAUUAGAAAAAACAAAAAAAAUAUUUUGACAGCAAAAAAUAUCGCAGAUUUUUCUAAUUGCGAAGGCCGCAGCAACAAGAAAUAUCUGCAAUUCACUCGUAACGGCAUUCAAAGAGAUUGACAUAGAAGCUUACUCAAGUCGACCACGUGGUCGUGAAGUAAGCGUCGACUGCGCCAAGAGUAUGCGGUAAACACAUUCGCAGUAAACACAAGAACGAGAUUCAAUAAAACUGAGCAUAUUUCUCGAAAACAUCUUCCAGAAGAUCGUGAUAGACUAUUUUUGACAUAAUCGCAUCGGUGAACAGCAUCAUCAGUGUUAAUAAAAUAGUGCUAACAAAAUUUAAAAGCUGACAACAUCGGACUAAAUCUUUCUAUUGAAACUCACAUUUCUUCGCAAUAAAACUACAACAACACUGCAAUAGAGACUGUGAUUUUCCACUGAUUUAAAUAAGAUUUAAAAUCAGCAACCAUCCACGUGUGUGUGUAAAAUACGUAUUUAAAAACUAAAGUCGAAGUGAAGCGGUUCGGAUUUUCUUCGUCGAUCGUCAUCGUCUGAUCCAGGAAGAUUUGCAACAGAUCAAAAAUCAGUGUUCGCCACGCGCGAGUUGACAGUAGAUCACCCCGAGUAAACAGUAAGGAGGCAAAAUCCCGCCCGCAGGCAAGCGUGAGCUUAAAGAAGCCCAGGUUGAUAUUGUUCAGCCCGGCUCAACGAUCGACGUCAACAGGACGUAUCAACAGACCCCUCAACAAGGAGGGUGGGUGCAGUGGUGCAGUGGUUGUCGGAGAGCCAGCGAGCUUGGGGUGGCCUCGUCCACAGGUGCCUUGGCACCAAGCGCACCGGGCCCGGGGCUGCGGUGGUGGGUUGCUUGGUUGGGGUGUAUCCGUGUUCUCCCUCCUCCACGGGGCCCAGGGGCCCCCUAACUCAUCACCUCCAGGCUAUCUCGAACCAGCAACAGCCGAUCGGCUGCCGUGCCUGUUGCUGCGUGCAUAGCAAUCACCAACCAGCUUCGGUCCAGCUUACCAGUCAGCGGGGCGGUCUAUCGCUGAGGGUAGCGAGGGUGGCGUCCACCACCUCCGUCCGAGCCGCCCCUACGCCCACCCCCAGCACCAGGGGCUGGGGCAGGAGUGCAGGUGUAGGGAGGAGACGGGGGCAUUGGGUGGAGGUGGUGCGCACAUCCUCGGCAGCCCGAUGCUGUUCGUCCCGUUCACGGUGCCCACCUUCCCUGCGACGCAUCAUCAGACGACUCAUCCUGCUCAUCAGUCGCAUCAUCAACAGCUGCAGGCCAACACCCAGAAUCCGGUGCAGCAACCGCAGCAGCUCACCCAACUGAAUCAGCUGAGCCAUCUUAAUCAUCAGGGCAUCGUACCGGCAACGACCAAUCAACCAACUAUACACAGCACCAGCUGUUCACCGCAGCAACAAGCAACAACACCGAAUAAGGAGAUGAAAGUUAACUGGGCGACGUCGCCGGGUAACCAACCAAAGCAGGACACGAGCAAACACUAUCACAUAUUCGUUGGGGACCUGAGCCCGGAGAUCGAGACACAUACCUUGAGGGAAGCGUUCUCAGCCUUCGGAGAGAUCUCAGAUUGCAGAGUCGUCAGGGAUCCCCAAACUUUAAAAUCCAAGGGAUAUGGAUUCGUUUCUUUCGUCAAAAAAGCAGAAGCAGAGAGUGCCAUCGGUAACAUGAAUGGCCAGUGGCUCGGUGGCAGAAGUAUUCGGACAAAUUGGGCCACUCGCAAACCUCCCGCACCUAAAUCUGAAGCGAAUGCAAAGCCACUGACGUUCGAUGAAGUUUACAAUCAAAGUAGUCCAACCAACUGCACGGUGUACUGCGGCGGAUUAACCAAUGGUUUAACAGAAGAACUUAUGCAAAAGACCUUCUCACCCUUCGGAUCCAUCCAAGAAAUUCGAGUAUUUAAGGACAAAGGCUACGCCUUCAUCAGGUUUUCCACCAAGGAGUCGGCCACGCACGCCAUCGUAGCGGUACACAACACAGACAUCAAUGGCCAAACGGUGAAGUGCAGUUGGGGCAAAGAGAGUGGAGAUCCUAAUAAUGCUCAACAAACUGGACAGGCGUUAUCGUCGGCGACGUACCCAUACUACGCGGCGGCGGCAGCUGCCGCCGCGGCGGCGGCGGGCGUCGCGGGUGUCGGAGGCGUCGGUGGCGUCGGCGGUGCCGGACAACUGGGAUACUGGUAUCCGCCCCAAUCUUAUCCUACGACAGCGACACAAAUGCAAGCUGGUGGCUUUCUUCAGGGCAUGCAAGGAUACACCUAUGGACAGUUCGCCGGAUAUCAACAGGCGCAAUAUAUGGGAAUGGGCAUGGGUGCUGUCCACGCCGCUGGCACAGCGGCAGGAUGGGGUCAGGGAUUACCUGGGGGACCACAGUUACCACCACACCACGCCACGACGGUCACGGCACCCCCAGGGGUGCAAGCCGCACCCCCGCCACCACCGCCACCGGCACAAAUGAUGGCCUACCCGAUGCAACAGUUCCAGGCACAGUGAUCGCUACCACUAUCAUCGCACGGCCUGGCUUAUCCUUUCUUUCGAAUAUCAAUUAGCGUCAAGAUAACUGCAUCUACAACCUGGCUCAACCUCGCAUUCAAGCUGAAAAUACUCGCUGCAACGUGUUUUUAUGCAAAAGGAUAAUAUUUUCUACAGAACGAAAAGGAAUGGAAGAAACCAGAGAUGAAAGCGAAAGAAGCGAUGUUCGCAUAUCUAUUUUAUCGGUGUAGUAAUUCAUAUUCGAUCGUAAUAACAUAAACUUAAUUUUUUUUCUACGUAAUGACGACAGAGGAAAUUACAGUGAUUAAGUCAGGAAAACUCGUUAACCUAAUCUUGCGUUUAUCUCGUCGUCGUUAAUGCGCUCUGAAUUAUAAUGCAAGCAGUUCACUAUUACACACUGUGCUUACAUGAUUACAUGCAGUUUUUACGUCUUUACUACUGCACCACGUAGUGGAGGUUGAGUCAUGGUGAAGGUAGAUUCAGAUCGAUUAGAAUUCAUGUAGUAGGGAAGUGUGAGAAAGUGUAACGGGAAAGCAAGAGUGAAGAAUGAUGCGCAAGCGAGAGGCAGAAUGAAUGGAAGAGAGAAAGAAAGCAAGAGAGUUAGAGAGCACACAGAGACGAGCGCAAAGACGAAUGAAAGAAAGAGAGAGAGAGAGAGAGAGAGAGAGAGAGAGAGAAAGAGAGAGAGAGGAUUAUUGUCGAGCAUAUUUCUAUUACUUUCUUGAAAUUCGGACCAAGACUUAACCUGCGUUUGUGUGUUCAAAUGGUAAAGUGUGUUCUUGGUUGCGGUCCAGCUAGCGGAUGAGGACUGGCUGACGCCUAGCCUUCUAGUGUGAUGGUAAGCAAGUACACCCAACCAACAGGAACAACUUCUACAGCAACAAUAGUUACCACCACCAUCACCACCAUCACUUCCUCCUCCACUACUACUACCACCACCACUACCACCACCAACAACAACAUUUCCGUCAUCAUCGACGCCACCGCGGCAACAAAAGCAGUAAAACUCAUGCCACUUCCGGCUUGACGACGCGCGAGCCGAAAGGUGGCGAUCACGAAAACCAGAUAACACUCGCUUAGUCAAAAACGAAGAAGCAAAGUGAGAGAAAAAAAAAAAAGAAUAGCGAUUAAGAAUCAUAAUCCUUAGGUAACCUUGCGCAAGAUGCAUCCAACAUCCCCAAUCUCCCCGUAAGUUUUCACGUCCAGUAAUAAGAGAAAAGAAACCGCUACCAAUUACUAAGCGGAGAUACCUCUCGUCCAGUCUGUAGGAUAAUCUAGCAAUCUCGCUCGGCUUGAAGAAAUAGAUAGCGUUUGCCGUUAACAGUAGUGUCCGAAGCUUCAAUACAAAACACGAGAAAUCCGGCAUACACGCGAAUACGUCAUUCGUGAUGGUCCGACAGUGUUUUUUUUUUUUCUUAGCGAAACUGGCCAAUUACGCGUACUAUGUAUCGUCCAGCGGUACCGAGUACAUGAGGAACACGAGUCCGCACACGUUCAAUGGGGGUCGCGACACCCUUUAUCACCGUUUUAACAAUGCGCAUACAAAUUUCUUGAUUCUACGAAGAAAAAGAAGAGCGUCGACAGACCGCCGGAUACUGACUCGUUACCCGGAUUCAUUAUUUUUGUAGUUUUGGGCUUAACAGCGAAAAUAAUAACUCAAAGACGUAAUGUCGAAACGGGACGCUCGCGGCCGAAUGUGGGCGGCCGGCGAGCGGCCGCGGUGUAUAAAUGAUAAAUACAAAGAUCGAUUAAUCGAAGCACACACUCGUGAAGAUAUAUAAAUAUAUAAAUAUAUAUAUAUAUAUAUAAAUAUAAAUGAAAAAUAUAUAUAUACAUAAAAGAAUAAAGGUUAUUAUAAACAAAAUUCAACAAUUAGCUAGUUAGAUAGGCAUAUUAUAUUAAAAGUUGCUCGAGGUCGAUUCGAAAUUCGGCGGCAAGGUGGAGAUGGAUCUUGUGUAUAGCGCGGCGUUUUUACGGGGGCGCGAGUAAUCGGCCCCUUCGUACAAUUCGCCCUGUCUACUGGCUUUACGUGUCUUAUCCCAUUUGCCAAUGCGAAGACUUCGUACCUCGGUUAUAAUACUUAAUUAUUGGAUUCGUGGCCAAACGAUUAUUCACGCGUGAAAUCUUCGCAGGUGCGCGGUUCAGCAUCCGUUUUUAUCAAUCGAGUCUGUUUUUCAGACACGACUUAGGCCAGUUGGAUACUUUUAUAAAACGAUCAGACACGUUUGUCGUGGAAGGCACCGACGAUUUAGCACAUUUCUGAGAAAAAAAUGUCGGAACACGCGAAACACCGAUUGCGUCGGAUCGCCGCGGUUUUUAAGUAAACGUUAGAUUUUUAUAUGACUACGUAGAACCAAAGGGAGUCGAGAUUUUAUGACGUUUAAGCAAUAAAACGUUAAGCUUAGGAAGCAAGAAGGCAACCAUCGAUUCCUCCGUCUCUUUGUAAAUUAAUCUCUCGAUUGCGUAAACGAGAAAUACACGAAUUCUCAACAACGAAAAAAAAAAAGAAA